CACCAAAACACUCCGAAUGGGAAGAAAAUAUGGCAUGAGGGAGGCGGCGGCUGACGACCACCGUUUACCGUCUUCUACCGAGCACGAGCCCCGGCUGAACAUGGACUUAAGGAGACGCAGCGGCGCGCGUGGAGAGCAGGGACAACGGAGCACAAAGCCGAUGGGAGAAAACGCUGCUCGGGUUUUCGCUUAGCGUUCCUUGCCACACGACUCAUCAUCGUCAGCCUGUGAUAAUAUUUCCACAGACGCACACAAGGGACACGAGGUGGAGGGAGGCUGGUGGGGCUGAUUCAAGCCUCCCCGGAUACUGUCUACAAAGACACAAAGGCGGACUGGUGGUCCAUUUCAUCUGCCUCAUCAGUGCCAUCAGCUCCGGUUGAAUAAAAGACGAGAAAAUGAGUGAACAGAGUAUCUGCCAGGCGCGGGCCUCUGUGAUGGUUUACGAUGAUGCCAGUAAGAAGUGGGUGCCCAUCAAGCCUGGGCAGCAGGGCUUCAGCCGCAUCAACAUCUACCACAACACUGCCAACAACACCUUCAGAGUGGUGGGCGUCAAACUGCAGGACCAGCAGGUGGUGAUCAACUACUCCAUAGUGAAAGGCCUGAAAUACAAUCAGGCCACUCCGACCUUCCAUCAGUGGCGUGACGCUCGCCAAGUCUAUGGGCUGAACUUUGCCAGUAAGGAGGAGGCCACCACCUUCUCCAACGCCAUGUUGUUCGCCCUCAAUGUCCUCAGCUCACCUGACAGCGGAGGUCCAGCUGUCCAGCGCCAAAAUGGGCCCUCCUCAGAUGAAAGUGAGGCACAGAGGAGGAUGAUGGAGCAACAUCAGAUGCAGGCGCACAAGGAGAGGGAGCGACGGACGUCAGGAUCAGGCCCCCCUGUCUCUGCAGGUCACCCAUCCAUGCUUUCUGUGGCGCCUCCUCCAGCUGCAGCUCCACCACCCAUGGCUGGUCCUCCAGCCCCACCACCACCACCAGGUCCACCACCCCCAAUGGCAGUGCCCCCACCCAUGCCCCCUCCACUGCCCACUGGUGGAGGGCCUCCUGGGGGACCGCCUGGGAUCCAGCACCAACCCUCAGGACUGGCUGCGGCGUUGGCCGGAGCCAAACUACGUAAAGUACAUAGGGAUGAGAGCAGUCCGCCCGGGUCUGGUGGCAAAAGUGACUCCAACCGGUCUAGUGGUGGCAGUGGUGGUGGUGGGGAGGGGCUGAUGCAGGAGAUGAAUGCCUUACUAGCUCGCAGACGGAAAGCCUCAGAGAAACCUGAUGAAGAUGACUCCAGUGGUCGGGGGCCCGGUCAGCAGAACUCGACAGAUGCUGUGAAGAAGCCAUGGGAGCGAUCCAACUCUGCAGAAAAGUCCUCACUGGUGUCCAGAGUGAGACCCAUCGGCAGCACUAGUGAAUCGGACACAGAGUUUGACAGGAUGAAACAGGAAAUUUUGGAUGAAGUUGUACGUGAGUUGCAUAAGGUGAAGGACGAAAUCAUUAAUGCCAUCAGACAAGAAAUCGGCAGAAUCAGUACAUCCUAAUCUCAUCUGAGCAACAGUAGGAGGAGAGCGAGAGGAGGAGCUGGAGGAGGAUGGACAUACAGAUGCAGAUGCACAGACACGAGGACCAAGGAAUGUUCUCUCAAUGUUUCUGUGAUGAUGCGAGUUGCAGAGAUGUUGUGCCAACAUUUGAGUCUGCUGGACAGCGAAAAUGGAAGUUAAAAAAAAAAAAACAGAGAUGAGAGAGAAGGGAUUAAUGAGAAAGAAAGGCAGAAGAAAUGGAUGGAUAAAGAAUAAUUAAAGGACUGCUGAACUAAACAGAGGAUGAAAGAUAAACUGGAAGAUGAAUUGAGGGAUGGACGAACAUUCGUGCUGAGUUUGGUGUUGUGGUCCUCUCUGUGCACCUAUAGACUCAGUCAGCCCAGUGUUGCAACUCUUUGUUCUCUGUUCAGUCCAAGUCAUAAGAAGAAAAUAUUUUUGUUUUCUAAGUUUUUACUGUUUUAUUAUUUAAAAACUGUGGUGAUAAUGAUGAUGCUGUUGAUGACAAUGAGUAUUUUAUUGAUAUUAUAGAAGGAGAAAGGAAUCUUGCACACCAUUUAUGUCAGCCUUUUAUAUUUUCUAUUAUUAUUUCUUGUUUAGUUUAUCCCUAACUAUUUGACAAUAACAAGCACAAUAUGGGCAAAAUGGUGCUGCAGACUCACCUGCCCUCAACUGGCAUAUUUAAAAAAAA